GUUUAUAAUUAUACUUUAAUACCGGUAGUUGGAAGUGCUUUUAGUAAAUUAUGUUCGUAGAAUGAAAACGUUUUUGCUGAGCUUGCUGUUUUUAUCAGCACUAUUUUCCUGUAAGGCAGUAAUCUGUAACUUUACAUAUGAGGAACAGCUGACAAAUUAUCCCGAGAAGUUGAUAAACACAAUUGCAUCGGAGAAAAAAGUUCUUCUAAAAUUAUCAACAAAACGUCCACGAUCAAAAGUUUUUAUAUGCGAUGACGGUGAUGCUGAUGGCUAUAAACCUUUUGAACCAACAAUACAUUCAGUUUUAGUUUCGUCACGUUUUGGAUCAUCAGCAAAAGAAGCAAAUCCGUUGAAUGACUCAUCUGAAGCAUUUGAACAAACGGAACCGCUUUGUGAUUCGAUCAAAUCGAGAAUAUUUCCCCAAACUUUACGUAAUUUAUUGAAUAAAAGGGUUAUAGUUAUCAAUCAUGGAAAGUUCCAACAAGAAGUAACGAUAGAAACAUGCAGUAAUGCAAAUCAGGCAUGUAAAUUUGACAUUAACUUUCCUGUCAACGUUAUAACAAAAUGUAAACAGAAAUAUCAAACGCACACAAUCAAAAUUUUAAAUGAAAAUGAUCAAAAUAUUAUCGAUGAAAGCGUAUACAUACCGUCAGGUUGUGAAUGUCAAUUUAAAUAUAAAGCAUUGAACUGAUCUAAACAAUAUUUUGCAUUUCAUUCAUACGCUUGACUCAUUCAUAAUUUCCUACUCGAAGGGGC